AUUUGGAAAGGUUACACAUCGCCAUGUGCACGGACAUUGACUAAAAUGUAAAAAUCAUUGGACCCAGGACUACAGAAAAUGUUUCGGAUAUCCACCAAAGGACGAUGAAAGGCACCUGAAGUGUACACAGGAUGCAGCGAUUCCAGCUAUGAUACUGAAUAACUAAAGAAACGACAGAGGAUGUUUACUGUUACCAUGUGGAGAAGAUCACUGAGUGCAUUUUUCACUCGUUUUGGGGGCAAAAAUGUUGAAACAAAGGCAGCGUGGGGGUCCUGUGCAGCACGAUCAUGCAGUUCUCCAGCCUUUCCUGCUUCUGACAUCACAGCCCUGGAGGUGGUUGACUUAUGGAAGAAGUAUUUCCAGGAGAAAGGUGUGACCGAGCCUGAUCACUCCAGCCAGUACAUUAUGGCCCAUCUACUCGGUGCUAAAACAAUAGAGAGCGUUGAACAGGAGAGGUUAACAGAGAUUCUCAGUCAAGAGAAAAUAGAGCAGAUGUGGAGACUGUGUUUGAGACGGCUCUCCAGAAUGCCAGUGCAGUACGUGAUUGAGGAAUGGGACUUUAGAGAUCUGACACUGAAGAUGAGACCCCCUGUGUUCAUACCAAGGCCUGAAACAGAGGAGUUGGUUGAACUCAUGCUCAAUGAUCUGCAGAUGAAAGAUGGAAAGGAAGACGUCCAGCGUAGAUGCUUAGAAGUGGGAUGUGGUUCUGGUGCCAUUUCUCUCAGUCUGCUACACGGGCUUCCACAGCUUAAAGCAUUUGCCUUGGAUCAAAGCCAGGAGGCAGUAGACUUAACAAGAGAGAACGCAUUAAGGUUGGGGCUUCAGGACAGGUUACAACUUUAUCAUAUGGAUAUCAUGAAAGAUGCAGAAACUGUGCUGAGGCUCUGUGGUCCGGUUUCAGCUGUGGUCAGUAACCCUCCAUACCUGUUCUCAGAGGACAUGGACUCACUGGAGCCUGAAAUCCUACGGUUUGAGGACCACGCUGCUUUAGACGGAGGCAAAGAUGGACUAGAAGUAAUCAAACAGGUUUUGAUUCUGGCUCCACAGAUUCUCUUAAAUCAUGGUCGUGUUUACUUGGAAGUGGACCCCAGACACCCACCGCUCAUCCGACGGUGGGUGGAGGCAAAUGUCGAAGAGCUCCAUUAUGUGGAGACAAAACACGACAUCAGCGGCAGGUUUGUACAGAAAACUUCUCAGCCUAGAUACCACCUGGGCAUCAUUACACAUCCAUAUUCAUUGGUUAACCUUGAAAUUGUAUUUCUGUUUUAUAUUCAUUGCUUUAUUUAAAUCAAAAGGCUGCAAUGACUAAAUCUAUCAUCGUAGCAAAAUUAAAAUGAAUACUUCCAUCAUGUAUCAAUUCAGAGUCUCAAACUGAUUUUACUCAAUUUUUAGGCCGCGAUUCUGCAUCCUUCAGAAAGAGAAGACAAACAAGGACCACAAGCUGGAUUUGGAUUGAGAAACUAAGAUCCUAUUACACUGGCUUUAGCCCAGGUCGACACAGCUUCAGCUCCCCCACCCCCACCGAGCCGUCAUGUGCGCACUUGCACUUGCACUGAUUUGAUGAUUCAAAUUCACAGUUUACAGAAAGCUCUAAAUCAUUCUCCGUGUCAACGUGGUACUUUUAAUCUGGUAACAUUUGUGAUUACAAUCUGCGGCACAAUAAAAAUGUGCAUAAGACGGCACAAAAGGAGGCUCAAAGCUGAAGGUAAUUACCGAGGCUUUUCUUAGAACCCUCCCUCUCUGAAUCUCACCCUCCUCCCAGGAAGCAUUCAGUAGUUCUGUGAAUCCGCUGAUGAACAGUCCUCCCCUUCCCUUGUCCACUCGCUGACUCAGAUGCAGGCAGUGCACAUUACUGAGCAAAAACACACAAUGUGGUUUUUACUUCCUCACAUAAUCUACAUUUUUAAAGCUCAAAGGCCACCAAGUCUUUGUGUUUCAAAGGUGAUUUCAAAAUUUCGUAAUAAGUGUCACAAGAGCGAUCAUCAUGUGGAGUUUAAUAAUGAUGAUGAUGGCAACAUUUCCCACCGUCCUCUGAGUAAUACUCCCAUUUUAAGCAAUAGACAAGGAAAGAAUAGCAAGGACAACAGUCAGACUCCAAUAGGUUAUUUUAAUAUAAAAAUGUACACAUGUAAAAAGUAGAAAAAUGUUUUACUGAGAAAAAUAAAAUGGCAAAAAGAUGUUCCAGUGGAAUCAGUGUACUUAAGAACAGUAUAGAGUAUGUACAUCCAGGGUUGAUGAGGGUAAAACAGAUCUGGACACUUUCCACAUCCAUAAAAU